AUGAAGUUUGCUUCCAGCGCACUACUAUUGGUCGCAUGUUCGUCAUUUUCCAACGCUUUUGCUCCAGUCAAGAGCGGCUUUGGUGUUUCGAACAAGAUCUCUGCUUCUAAGCCAGUGAACACUCUCUUCUCCACUGCCGAAAAAGAGGCUGAAACCUACGAGUUCACAAGUGAUGUCGGACGUGUCAUGGACUUGAUUAUCAAUUCUUUGUAUUCCGACAAAGAUAUUUUCCUUCGUGAGUUGGUUUCCAACGCUGCAGAUGCGUGUGACAAGAAGCGAUUCCUUUCGAUCACAGAUGAAGCCGAUGUGGAAACGCCUGAAAUCAAAAUCAGAGCCAACAUGGAAGACAACACUCUUACGAUUGAAGAUUCUGGAGUCGGUAUGACAAAGGAUGAGCUCAAGAAUAACUUGGGAAAGAUUGCUCAAUCUGGAACACGAGCUUUCGUUGAUGCUCUUGGAGAUGGAAAUGCAGACGUCAAUUUGAUUGGUCAAUUCGGUGUUGGAUUUUACUCCGCAUACCUUGUCGCUGACAAGGUUACUGUUAUCACCAAGUCAAUGCAAGAUGCAUCCAAGGCAUACAGAUGGGAGUCGGAGGCUGAUUCGUCUUACACAAUCUCAGAAGCCAGUGCUGAUGAUAUCGAAGGUACUUCCGGAACAAAGCUUAUUUUGCACUUGAAGGAUGACGCCCCGGCAUACUUGGAGGCCACAAAGAUCGAAGAGCUCCUCCAACGAUACUCCGAAUUCAUUGAGUUCCCAAUCUCUGUCUGGAAGGAGAACACAGAAUACAAGCAAGUCCCUGAUGAAGAAGCCAACAAAGACUUGGAAGAAGGAGAAGAGCCAAAAAUGAAAACUGUGCCAGAAACUACUGAGGGAUACGAAGCUGUUAACAAUCAGAAGCCCAUUUGGUUGCGUUCUCCCAAAGAGGUCACUGAAGAGGAAUACCAAGACUUUUACAAGUCGGCCUUCCGCAACACCUAUGACAUUCCCAUGAAACACACCCACUUCGUCUUGGAGGGACAAGUCAUGUGCAAGUCUAUAUUGUACAUCCCUGGAACACUUCCAUUUGACUUGAGCCGCGAUAUGUUCGACGAGAAUGCACGCAAUAUUCGACUUUACGUGAAGCGCGUCUUUAUCAAUGAUAAGUUUGAAGAUCUUCUUCCACGUUGGCUCAAGUUCGUCAAGGGAGUAGUCGAUAGUGAUGAUCUUCCAUUGAACGUGAGUCGUGAAAUUCUACAAAAGUCGAAGGUUCUCAGCAUCAUCAACAAGCGAUUGGUACGAAAGUCUUUGGACAUGAUCCGCGACAUCGCCGAGUCGGAGGAUGGAAGCUACGCUUCUUUCUGGAACAACUUCGGAAAGUACCUCAAGGUUGGUAUCAUUGAGGACGACCGAAAUCGCGAUGAAAUUGCCUCCUAUCUCCGAUUCUUUAGCAACAAUUCAGAUGAAGAAUACACUAGUUUUGACGAGUACAUUGAGAAGAUGCCUGAGGGUCAAAAGGCAGUGUACUACGUCACUGGAGAGGGCAAGGAAAAGGCCAAAAUGUCUCCUGUCAUCGAGAAGCUAAAGUCUCGAGGCUACGAUGUCCUGUUCGCUACAGAGCCACUUGAUGAAAUCAUGUUCGAGUCUUUGAGAAGCUACAAGGAUGUUGAUAUCAAGGACGCCGGAAAGGACACUUCUUUUGACGACGAUGAAGACUCCAAGAAGAAGAAGGAGGAAUUGAACCGUGAAUUCGUUGACGUCAUCAACUACCUUGAGACUACUCUUACUGGAGUCGAGAAGGUUUCUGUCUCCGAUUUGCUAACUGAUUCCCCAGCCGCUCUUGUCCAAGGAGCUUACGGUAUGAGCCCAAGUAUGCAGCGAUACAUGAAGGCUCAAGCAGUUGCUGCCGGAAGUGAGGUCGGAGACCUGGAUAACAUGAACAAGGUCUGCAUGGAGAUCAACCCCAAGCACCCUAUCAUCAAAGAUUUGGCGAAGAUGGUGAAGGGCGACAAGGAAAGCGAAGCCACCAAGGAUUUUGCCACGCUUCUCUUCGAUGUUGCUGGACUAACUUCUGGGUACGAGGUCACCGACAUGUCCAGCUUUGCCAAGAGAGUUAUGGGAAUGAUGUCCUCGAAUAGUGAUGGAUCAGUUUCAGAAGCUGAAGUAGUUUCAGAAGCGGCUGAAGAAGUUUCAGAAGCGGCUGAAGAAGUCAGCGAAGACAAGCCCGACGAGGAUGAGGAACGAGCGGUUGAGGCUGAGCUUGUGGAUUGA